CUUUCACCCGCCCUAUGCUUUCCUAACACCCGAAGCCCAAGACAUGAAUAGUCCUACAUUCGCAGCACGCUCCGCUAUUCCGCUGGUACGCUUCCGCAGCCAUGGAGGUGCCCUCGACCCCGCCCGACGAGACACGCAUACAGCACAUUCCUCAGUGUUGCUGCGGUAGAACCGACUGUCCCUUCUUAGCCCAUACCGGCACGCUUCUCGAAGGACUCGAGCGCGAUGUCUCGACUGCUGCCCAGCUCGGCCAGGCCUUGCUGGUGCGACAUGAGGCCUACAUACUCGACUCUGAACAGGAGCGCCUGCGCAUGACGGCCACGAUCGAGGCGCUCGAGCAGGAUAAGCGCGAUCUUGAGGCUAAGAAUCUGAAGGCAGCUGAGGAGAACCGCGACCUGUUAGAGCAGUUGGGCGACCUGAACGAGGCGGUAUCGGAGUCGAAUGCGCAGGUCAAGAACUUGGAAGUUACCCUGGAAGCCACCCAGGCGGAGUUGGCGCGCGUCUCUAUUCUGGCUGCGCGGACGGAAGCUUUGGAGAAAGAGUUGGCGCUUCUGGAGACAGAGCAGGGGCAGCUACACGAGACGCUCAUCAACACACAAGAGGACGAGAAAUCGGCAGUGCAGCGCUGGAGGACGGCCGAGAGGAUGAUAUUCAGCCUACAGGACCAGAUCGAUCGGAUUGAAAAGGAAUCAAGGGAAGAGAGGGAGCGGCAUGUCGAAGUCGUCGGGCGCAUGGAGAGGCGACGAGCUGUGGAAAAGGAACUGCAGAAUGCUGCCGGAAGAUUGAAAGGAGCCGCCGCGGCUAAAACGACUGGAAGCAACGUAGUUUCGCAUUUCGUCAAGGAUAUCCUCCAGGACAAUGCAAAUCUACAGAUGGGGAUUGUGGAGCUGAGGGAGAUGCUGCUAAGCUCGAAUGAAGAAGUGGAACGACUCAGAGAGCAGCUCCAAUUUCACCAGCCCAUAUCUCCCAAUCAAAGCUAUGCUAGUACGCCUACGCUUCAGAAGGAACUAGGCUUCGAACCACCCGUCAGCCAGCCAGCCGGUAGCCAGCCAGUCGUCAAUCAAGAGCUCCAUGUCCACCACCACUAUCACGCUCCUGCACAGCCAAAGGAAGAACCCUCGAAAGCAAGAACGCAGGCACCUCGUCGUGUCAAGAAGAAAGGUCGAAAUGUUAUCACUUCUGGACACUUUACCCCUCCUUCGCAUUCCCGAAACGGCUCUAUGUCCAAAUCGAACGGCGGACAUUAUCCGACUAAGACCGCCACUCCCGCAUCGUCUUCUGCCGCUAUCCUAUCACAGACCUCCGUCACAAUACCGAACCAAUCCCACCGCUGGUCUAUCCAUUCAAAUCAAACCACUGCAUCGACCGCGUUCUCCUCAGUACCCAACUCUCCCACUUCGAACUCCCGUAGAACGUCCUCAAUCUUCGACCGCUUUUUUAGCGAUGCUGCAUUUGACUCUUCUCGUCCUACUAGCCCGGAAAGCAACGAACCGGGAUCUCCCAUGUUCCCGCCGUCUAAUGGCCCGCAUGAGUUUACUGGCAAGCUUGACACUGCCUUAUACAAGCAUUCUCGGAGAGGCUCCAACAGCCUGAAACCACCGUUGCUCGGUGGGCUCCGUAGCGCUUCUAUGCCGAAUACCGUCCAGAGCAAGUCGACACUAGUUUCUGCCACAGUUACAGAACUGAAUUCGGACGACCGCCACUCGGAGGCCCCAGUUGAUAUCGAAGAUAUGUAUCUCUCGCCUUCGGGUCAUCCUACAAUACCCGAGGAAAAUGAAGAUGCGUCAGACGCCCACUCCCUGUCCACUGAAACACCUUCAACCGACAUUAGCACCGAGGACAUUUAUGCGAACAUGCAGUCUCGCCCUAGCUUACGACGUCACACAUCUCACGAAAGCAUGAUUUCCGUUUCUGGAAUGGACAUCCACACCCUCCGCUCCCAUCCUUCGCAACUCCUCCUGCCAAACAGUCCUCGCUUCGCUUCGCCUUCUACCUCCAUCACCUCCAGCAAGCCUGUGUUGAGUGCAAUGACCGCAACAGCAACAAGAGCUACCAUGUCUCGUCAAGGUCUGGACAGUCACACCUUCAACCGGUCACUCCUGUACGGCACAGCGGCAGACCAGCGCGGCAGCUUGCGAGCUAAGCCGAGCAAGGAGACACUCGGCAAGAGAAUGGGCGGCUGGGUAUUCGGGAAGUGGGGAUCCACGCCCGCGACUUCUUCUCUGCCCUCAUCGCGCGACCCUUCGACGCCAACCACCAAAGCAACUGUCCCAGACGCUAAAGACACGUCAAGACCAACCUCCCUAGAAGAAACAAAGCCAUCAACCACAGCUCAGACACCCAAACCGCCAGCCGACCCAAUACCCAUAAAUCUUCGACCACCUGGGAUCAACCAGUCAGGCCCACUUCUGGGCUUCUUCUCUCCCGCACAAGCGACACCAGUGAGAGUCGUGGUCACGAAUAUAGAUGAAGAGGCACUGCGAGACUCGCUGCGGGAGCAGUAGAGCUUCAGCUAGGUGCUACGUUGAUUACGAAUGCUUACGCUCAUUUCAUAUUUUCCUCACAUAUCGGUAGAGAGUGAUUUCCUUUGUCAAUUUGCAUUGCAUAGCUUACUAUAAUUUUGGUUUGGCGUUUGGAGGUCUCUACAGAUCAGAUUGGUUGCAUUACUCCCCUUGGAUGAAGGAAGGGUGAGAUUGGGUACGCAGGAUUUGGAAUUUGAAUGGCGCGCGAUAUACCCUUUUUCUGAGAUUGGUUCCGGACAUCGUGUCCCUUUUUAGGAGGACAUUGAGCCGAGGUGGAGAGCGAUAGUACCGACACGGUUGAAUGUCUGAAUAGCCGUCACAGUGACGAAGUUGAAUUAAAUAUUGAUCUAAAUUACUUCUUGCCCGGAUUGGCGAAGAUGUGUACGGGAUGAAGAUUACGACCAAUGCUAGACUGUUC